AUGACGAGCCCUAAGGUAGAGUUACUCGUUAAGUUACAUCGAGAGAUCUGCGGUGUUCACAGCUUAACGGGAUACUUGCAGUAUCUGGCCCGGCAUUCAAAGAUUGACGGGCGCCAAGAGUUCCUACGAAACUAUGAUUCAGGCCAGUAUUUUCUGAGGUACCAAUAUGGCAAUGCUUAUAUUCGUCAACUAACGAACGCAACCACACGGCGCGCACCGCAAAUGGCUCUCGAGAACUUAGAGGAUAGGGGAGUUUUCUCCAAUGGAGAGCACAAAGCAUUGGAAAAAUACCUCGAGAAGCUGCUUGUAGAUGAAAUCAAUUUUGAAUCUAUAAGAAGGACCAGAGCUCGGGGCAAAAAUUUCCGGUAUAAUAGCAGAUAUCAUAGCGGUGGGAGGUUUCGACUUACUUAUACGGGCGCUGACUUCCGCAAGUUGACCGGAUUUAGUAAGUUCGAUCUCGAUCGCAUAGUCAAGGCACUGAAGAUACCUUCUAACAUUGAGAAGUGGCUGUACUUACACAGUACUGACCAGCAUUUGCGGCAGAGAACCCACUACAAUAUCCAAGAUUAUCACAUUUAUGACAUGCUACUUGUUCCACAUUGUAAGCCCAUCUCUGUCAGUUGCAAAUGCGCCGUGGCUUGCGAGCCGCUUAUCGCUCAUCGACCAAAGCCUUCUGAGAUCCAACAAAUCAGUCCCUAACAGCAGAAUUGUGGGCUUUAUCGAUGGCACGCACGUCAAGAUUGCGAGGCCGCAUGGAAGUUCUGAAUUGCAAAAUUCAGCGUAUAGCGGGCAUAAAAAAACUCAUAUCUUGAAGUAUCAAGCGGUGACAACGCCUGAUGGUAUUUGCAUAGAUUUAGCAGGACCCUUCGCUAGUAGUCAGCACGACUCCUUUCUUUUAGCAAAUAGCGGCUUAUACGGAAGAUUGAAGCCAGCUCUAAAGAUCAGUAGCGUUCAAUACAGAAUAUACGGGGAUCCUGCGUAUCGGAGUUCUGACGUGCUCACGGUGGGGUUUAAAGGACAGAAUCUGACAGCUGCCGAAAAAAACUACAACAAA